CACAAUAUGAGUGAACAGCAUGCAUGUUUUUUUUUCGUUUAGAUCAUUUUUGACAAGACUAAUUUUUGCAAAUUUAUUUUACUUGAUUUAAAAUGGCUCAUAAUGAUAAAUCGGGUGGUGAGAAAAAGAAAAAAGAAUCGAUUGUCGAUCUUAGCAAAUAUCUGGAGAAAGCAAUUCGAAUCAAAUUUCAAGGUGGUCGUGAAGCUACUGGUACAUUGAAAGGUUAUGAUACUCUUUUGAAUCUUGUUUUGGAUAGUACAACCGAAUAUCUUCGAGAUCCUGAUGAUCCGUACAAAGUAACCGAAGAUUCUCGUCAAUUAGGAUUGGUUGUAUGUCGUGGUACAACAAUCAUAUCGAUUUGUCCUGUCGAUGGUAUGGAACCGAUUGCCAAUCCAUUUAUUCAACAUGAAUAAACAACACAUUUUGUACAAAUUGAAUUUUUUUUUAAUUAUCAUAUCAAAUCAUUGAAAUAAAAUUAUUAUUAUAAUAACGA